CGGAUGACCGAUGACGUCAAAGAGCGGCAGAGCCGGCGGGAGCAAGUUGUGCAUCCUCUGGCUGCACGGUACCGGGUCACCCCUCGCCUUCCAUGAGGCUUCCCUGGCGGUAAGAGAGGAGCUUGGCUGAGCCCACUGCAACACUUUAAUGUCUUCAUAAAAACUGGUGACAUCAUAGAGAGAGAAAACUUAAUGAUAUUUACUAAAAACUACGCCAGUCAUGGGAGAGGUGUCAGAAUGGAAUGAUAUUUUAACCCUUCUGUGCCUGGAUCAGUCCCUUGUGAAAUUUGCUGCUGGCCAAAUCAACCCAGGAGGGGUGGACUGCAACUCCCUUAAUUCUCAGCCAGCCCCUAGUGCUGCCUGAGAGUGAUACACUCCCAAAGUAUUCUGUGCCCAACAUAUUUGUAGUAGUUUAAAAUACAGUUAGUUGCUAGUUCCUCCAAUUUUAUUUAUGUAUGCAUUUUUAUUAUUUAUUUAUUUAUUUUUUGCCUCAUUGUCAUUUCUCAUUGAUAGAGGCUGGAUUAUUCACCAUACUUUGCAUGCCAGCAAAAUGAAAAUUCACAAAGCAGAAUACAGGCUAAAAUAGCCAAACUGUGACUUUUUCAUAAAAAUCUGAUAUUUUAGCCAAUUAUUUUGCCAUUCAGAUGGCGCUAACUUUUUAAGUGGCAGAGUUGACCAUCAUUUAUCAUCCUAUGAGGUUGCGACAUAUAUACUAGUUUAAACCGAGAAGAUCAGAUGCAGCUUGGGUGCCUGGAGGGAACUAGGUAAGUUGUGAAAAUGUUCCGGUAAGUGUCUAAAACAAUAUAGAUAAAGGAACAGCGCACACACACAAAAUAAGCCGUUUUAAAUCUUACAAGGCUACUUAGUCACAUAUCUUACCAAACAAAUAUGGGGAUUCAGUUACACCCUAUGGCCAUAUUGUGUUAAGCCCACCGCUAGGUCAUAGAUCCCGCAAAAUUGGUUGGUCUUAUUUUAUUUUUGACAUGGGAGACAAACAUGCUAACUGCUAUAAUUACUGCUUGAACUGCUUCUAGACUCUCCUCAAAUAAUGCUUUUUUGUGGUCACUUCCAAAGGGGUACCCAUAAGAAGAUGGACACACAAACCUUCUACUUCUGGAGUUAUGACAGCAAGGCCUCUGGAAUGGCUGUGAUUUCCCAGCCAAUCCUGGGACUCCAGUUGAUUUCCGUGGGGGCACUCCUCAAAGCCCUGCUGUGCUCAACAGCUUGGUCACUUUUACUUCCAAAUUUCCUAAAAUGAAUGAAGCUACUUGUGCAAAUUGGCAAAAGCUGGAUUUUCCCCACACGUUGUCUUACCACUUCCUGUUGGAGUUGGGAACGGUUUGUGGGAAUCAAAGUACAAACUAGCAUUUGACAUUUUCCAAAAAUUGGAGUGAAUAACUAGUGUAUGUAUAAUCCGAGUGCCAACUUUUCCUAUUUAUUAUUAGUGUUAUAGAAUUCUGAAUAGUGUAGGAGUUAUUUCAUAUAAACAAUAAAUAUUGACAGUUACAAAACAAUUCAGCAUUGUCAAAAUAAUGCUAUAAUUUAGACGUAAUAAUGCAAAAUGUUUACACAUGGAUUUAUAUUACAUGCAUUAAGAAAGGGAUUUAUGCAUCUACAUGAAGUUAUUUUUAAUUUGGUAUAUGCUCCGGUAUGUACAGGUAUUAUAAACCCGGGUAUCAAACUGUGCCCAACACUCCUGUAGAAUAGUGUUAUUGUAGUUUUAAGUUUGCACGAGUGAAUUAGCUCUUUGGGCACAUGUACAGAUUACCCAAGUGAUGAAUUGAUCUUGUGCCUCUGUAUCGUGAUUGCGGUUACUAUUCAUAGUGUGCCAAUAUAUUCUGCAGGGCUUUAAUUUCACAUCAAAUAUGUAUGUAUGGAACACAAUUAAUGUGAAUAAAAUCUAAAAGAAUGUGAGAGAAAUUAAGAUGUUUUGUUGUUUUCCAACUUCUGCAUGUCACUAUAACUGUGAAUGUCAUAAUACUGUUAACAUUUACUGCAAUAAAACACAGACAUUUUUUAUCAUGUGAUGUCCCCCAAUGCCACCUGUACACGUUUCAUGAUGUUCUUGAAAGUUACAGAGUCACAUAUAGGCUUGCCCAUUUCAGUUUUAACACAUUGAAAUUUGCCAGAUUGGUUUGCUGGGCCUAUAUUGCCUUUGAGAACAUAAUAAUAGAUUUAAUAGAAAUGAUCUUCAUCUUGGCAUACCAACUGCAAAAGUAGACAACCCAGGGUAUUCAAAAUGGAAUAUGUCCAGUCUCUUUUAGUAGCCAAGGAUCCUGGGAUAUUCCUCAGGAUCCAGGGAUAUUCCUCGGUUGUCAGGCAAUCGUGGAGGGUAAGUAUGCUGGCUGCCGGGAGGAUCCAAUCGUUAGUGUGUGCUAUGCCACCAUAACUGCGUAAAACCAUACUUACGUAGGACACGUUGCACUCCCUAACGGCGUUAAGGAGUUAAUCGGGCUUUAUUCAAAUGAACAAAAAGGUGGUGAGGAUCUUGCACUGUUAAAAUGCAUUUCUGAGUAUUAAAAUCUUUCUGCUUUGUGCACCUAUUAUGCCAUGAUGAGAUGUAAGACUUUUUUUUUUCUUUUACCCCCAAAUUUUUUUAAAAGAGGGUUAUGCUGCAUUAGUCAUUACCACAACAUCUGUUAUGGUUUGAGUCAGUGGAACACAGACUAUUUAGAGUAACUGGCCACGUAGAGAAACAACAGUCUUGGAAAAGGACUUAAAAUUGCAAUAGCGUUCUUCAGCAUAGUCAGACCAAUGCAUAAAGUCAGUGGAAUUUUGAUGUAAUUAACAGAUACCUUUUAUCCGGUCCUAAUAGUACUCACCCUGUCUUGCCUUGACGAAAGAUGUUAGUGACUUAACAGAUGUCCUGUCUGACCCCACUACAUAAAAUGAGCCACUCAUACCAUGUGCAUCAGUAUGGGCAAGAGUGCUCAUUGAUUAGAUCGGUUUAAGUAGGUGCACACCCUACUAGCAACACAAAAGUAUUAAACCAAAAUUGGAUUAGCACACAUACAGCAGUUGCAAAAUGAUGUAAUAUUGCUUUGUCCUGUUUAGCUUUUUUACUGAAUUUACAGAAGUAUGUUAAACAGAGGAACACUUGUUAUGCCAAAGUCAGCUUUGUCAUUUAGAAUCUUUAUGAAGCACUAUUCUGGCUGUGUUGUAAUUCCACUGAAUUUCCAUUGCAUUCAAUAGAUCAGGGCUCGACAAAUCCCAGGCACCAUGGCGCCUCGGAAUUUUGCAUUGGCGUCUGGGAUAUGCGAGCCCCUUCACUCCAAGGCGAGCGGUUGACUGGCCAUCAGCAAGCUGGGGGGAUUUUGUAGGAAGGCGGCUUGUUGGUUGGUCGUGGAGGUGGGCGGCUGGCUGGCUGAGCGAAUAGGAGGAGGACGGCGAUGGAGCUGUGAUGUCCUUGCUCCCCCGCGCGUCACUUAAUGGGUCCGGGAUAUGACGUCAUAUGCCGGCCCGGUCACAUUAAGUGGCACUCUGGGGGAGCAGAGCAAGAACAUCAGCUUCCUCACUGCCAGCAACAAUACGCGCAUCCAGCCGCCUUCCUUCAAAAUCCCCCAACUUGCCGCCCUUUUGGCCACUGGACCCCACAGGUAUUAAAACAAGCAAUAAUGUGUGACGGUGUGUGUGUCUGUCUCUCAUGAUAUGUGUAUUUAGGUGGCCAGACCCUUUCCGGUCACAAGGGAAUGUUUUUUUUGUUUUUGUUUUUCACCAUUUUUCCCCACGCGGUGCUAGUCUCCGCUCGACUGGCUCUGCCUCUAUGGCUGCGAUUAUCAAGCUUGGUGAUCUCAGCCAAUCCAAUGUUUUCCCAUAGGAUUGGAUGCAAAAUGCUGCACCAAUCAGCAUCUCGUCAUAGAGAAUGAGAUGCAUUGAAUCGAUGCAUCUCUGGGGAGCGUUCAGCGCCUCCAUGCAGAGCUUGGAGACGCUGAAUUUAGGUGCUGCACACUGUGCAGCAGUGACACAGGAAGCACCUCUAAUGACCGUCUGAGUGUCUGUCACUAGAGGUGUGACUAGGAAAGGCAGUGUUUACAUUGAAAAGUCUGCAGGGACAGACUAUAGACACCAGAACCACUACAUUAACCCCUUAAGGACCAAACUUCUGGAAUAAAAGGGAAUCAUGACAUGUCAUUUGUCCUUAAGGGGUUAAGCUGUAAUGGUCCUGGUGACUAUAGUGUCCCUUUAAGAAUUGUAUUUUUGUCACUGAAUAUAAAGCUUUGUAAGUUUACUUUUUUUUUUUAGCUGGCUCCUAGAUUCAAAGCAAAUUUGUCAAGCCCUGCAAUAGACAUCAUGAGACAAAGAAGGGACUACUUUAGCAUAUAGUGAGGACCGAGUGUGCCAUAACUUGGCAAUAGCGAGAUACCACCAUCACGUUUUGCCAAAUCCAAGCUGUCAUCGUAUUGACGCCUAUGGGAAAAUGCAUCUUCUUGCACAUUGCAAUAGCAGUACUAUGGAGAAUUCGGCUGUCUUGGAGGAUCUUUUAUAGACCGCUGUGUUGUACUCUAGCGCGUUUGUAACAGUACAACAGUAAAGGUGACUUUAGAUUAGCAAAGCAUUCUUUAUUCUCAAUGCAUCUCUAUGAACAAAAGUCCUCAUUAUUCUGCAUACUCAAACGUCCUUUACACACACACCUAGUUAUAGAAUGCCGCCUUCAGUAAACCAUAUAACGGUUUCUGUAGCAGGCACAGCUUGUUCUGUUACUGUGAUUCCUGUGUAGUUCAAAGCACACAAAAGUACAGGAUGUUUUCUUUAAUUUCCUUCUCUCAAUAACAAACUAAAUAUCUGCUCUUUAUUUACAUUGAAUGCUCAUAAGUUAUUUCUCUCACACAUUACAGCCAUGUCAAAUGGUAAUAAUCUAAAAGCCAAAUUGUAAAAUAGUGAUCUAAUAGCUGAUCUAUAGCUACACACAUAUAUAUAUUCCUCACCUAUAAGCUCACGGGCAAUCUAGCUAAGCACUUUGUAUAAAAGCGCUUCAAUGGCUAGAUCUCCGCUUACGGGCAGGGCCCUCUCUACCUUUUGCAUUUGUCUGUGUUUAUUGUACGUCUUCCAUUAAUUGUACAGCGCUAUAGAAUCUGUUGGCGCUUUAUAAAUACCAGUAAUAAAUAAAUACAACUAUAGUUUGGCUAUGUAAAGGGACACUAUAGGCACUAUAUUGCCUCUAGUGGUUGUCUGAUUCCUGCUUGCUAGGCGACUUUUGGUUGCCUAACUGAUGUUGGACUUCCUCAAGCUCUGCAUGGGGAAAUCUAGCGCCAGUUAAAGCCAAAUAAGAAAGUCUUGUAGAAAUGCUUUCCUAUAGGGAGGGCGGUGGAUGAUGUCAGAAGAGGUGGCGCGCCGACCCAGUGCCGAGGGAGGUCGGCGCUGUAAUUGGGGGAGUACGGAAAGGGUUUAUUAAUAGAGGGAACUAUAAUAUAAGAUUUGUAUUCCUUACAUUAUAUUAUCUCUUCCCUUUAAAGGAACACUAAAGGGUCAGGAACACAAAUGUGUAUUCCUGACCCUACAGUGUUUAAAUCACGAUCUAACCCCCCUGACCUCCCCUUGCUGCCCUAAAUUUAGUAAAAUCUUACAUUUAUUCCAGUCCGCCAGCGCUCCUUGGAUGACCUCAUCAGAAGUGAUGAUCUCAGCCAAUCACAUAGAAUUCCCAUAGGAAUGCAUUGGAUUGGCUGAUAUAGUCAAUUCUGAUGAUCUCCACCUAGGAGGUGGGGUGGUGCCAAAUGCCUCUGUGGCCAAUCAGCAUCUCCUCCCAAAGAUGCAUUAAGCUGUAGUAAUUGUUGUCUAUGGUAUCUCUUUAAGCCUAUAUUUUGUAGGUUGGUUUUCAGGUCAAUACAAUUGAAUGUUAAGUGAAUAAUCCAUACUGUGUUAAUAACCCAGUGGUUUCUCCCAAGAGUUGAAAUGUAUGUGUGACUUUACCAAUAUAAAAUGUCUGUACCAGAGAAAAUUCUCCUUUUAAAGGGUUACUGUAACCCUGUUUUAGACAGUCUUUGUAUUUAGUAGUAAUUAUCUUAUUAGGCCUUUGUCACUGAUCACACCCUCUCUGCCUUGAACCCAGCCAUGGGCCAAGUUCUCCCUGAUCCGUCUACAUCUUCUGUCAUCGCGCCUUAUCAGACUCUUUUGGUCUGUGUUCCAAUCAAAUGCUUCUCAAAGAAGCAGCGCUGGACCUUGGAUUUUUUUGGGAAGGUGAGCGCUUUAAAGGACCACUAUAGUGCCAGGAAAACAUACUUGUUUUCCUGGCACUAUAGUGCCCUGAGUGUGCCCCCACCCUCAGGGUCCCCCUCCCGCCCGGCUCCCCCCCGUCGGCUGAAUGCGCACACGCGCGGCAAAAGCUGCGCGCGCAUUCAGCCGGUCACAUAGGAAAGCAUUAAUAAUGUUUUCCUAUGGACGCUGGCGUGCUCUCACUGUGAAAAUCACAGUGAGAAGCACGCAAGCGCCUCUAGUGGCUGUCAAUGAGAUAGCCACUAGAGGAAAUAGGGGAAGGCUUAACCCAUUCAUAAACAUAGCAGUUUCUCUGAAACUGCUAUGUUUAUAAAAGAUUGGGUUAACCCUAGCUGGACCUGGUACCCAGACCACUUCAUUAAGCUGAAGUGGUCUGGGUGCCUAGAGUGGUCCUUUAAGGACACCUAUCAGCUUUUUUUGAUGGCAAAGCAUUGAAUCAAAUGCUUUUCAAUUAGAAAUGGUGAAUGCUGCACUGUGCAUGAGUGCUGUGUGCAUUCACGAGCAUCGAGAUGAGCUGAGUGGCAACUGAGCUGAAACACUGCACAUACAAACCGCUUGCACUAUGGCUACUUUGUAGACGUGGUCAUAGUGGUUGGAGUAACCAUUUAAUAAAGUAGUAGACUAAAAGAGAAUUUCAAUUUGGCUUGUUUUUCACAUUAAAGAGGCAGCACUACAUUUCUCUGAUUCAGCAGAACAUUAGAUCAGUUACAAUCAAUUUCCCUUAACUGUAUAGAAUGUUUCUAUCUCUAUAGUAAUAUUGAUUUCAUAAAACAUCAUGAUUUCUCAUGACAAACUAAGGGUCCUCACCACAUUGCUCUUUCACAUUAUCAAUAAUAAUUCCAUCCCUAUUUGUUCGGAGUUUAUUGGCUGCACGUGUCGGCUCACAAAAUUGAUAUUAAUAAGGGAGUGUAACUUCCCAUAACAACACAAUGCUGGGCCAUUAGCACCUUGGGGACCCUUGAUUUGUGUGAAAGUGCUUGAAAACGGUUUGACACAGAGCCAGUGUAGCUACAGUAGGCUGUAAUGAUUAUGGUGUUUAGGUUUCCCCUUUAAGGUAGUAGAUUCCCUUUUUUUUAAUGUCCCACAAGUCCCUUUGUAAAUGGCUGUAUGAGAUAUAUGGCAAUAUGCUUUAAUAAAAGGGGCAAUCCCAGCAGCUGGCCAUCUUUGAUAUACUAUACAAUUUGUGGUAAAUCAUUACACAUCUAGUUCCAUUAAACUGGUGAAAAAGCUCAUUUGCUUUAAAGAGUAACUCCAACACUGUUAAUAACACUGUUUUUGGUGAGAAUAACCCUUUCUAUAUUGUCUUCUCUCCCCAACCCCAAAAAAAAGUUAAAGGCCAAAUUCUCCCUGAGCCUUAUCCUCCUUCACUGAAGGGAUGUUAGUGCUGGCACAUGUUGCCAGCCUGGAACUUUUAUUCCAAGUGGCUAAUGGCUCGGCAGCUAAUGGAGUCACACUUCCAACAGCAGAGGGGUUAAUCUCUGUAUUAGCAGGGUCUUAUAGCGAAAUUCUGCACAUACAGAGUUCAGGCACCACAACCACUUCAGAUCAGUGAAAUGAUUGUGGUGCUAGGUGUAACCCUUUAAUGAACACCCUUCUUUACCUGCUUGUUUUACUUAUAUUUGUCUUCCUCCUCGACAAAAUUAGUACCGAUCAGCUGAUUAAUAAUAACCUGUAUACUUAGUAUUCGCUUAAAUAUGAGUGUCUGUCUGAUAACAUAAUAUGAUAAUGUUGUGAACGCCGCUGUCCGUUUUUUACUAUCAAGUAAAGUGCCUGCGUUUACAGCAAAUUCAGUUGUCCCUACUCUUUGCUUAAUUUGUUCUGAUUGUCAUAAUUAUUAGUGUUUUUAUUUUUUUUUUAUCCAGAAUACUUUAACUUUCACCAGGGCAAGAUGAAGAACGAAAUCUCAGCUGUGGUUUUUUUUCUAUCAAGACUUAUCCAAAAGAAUGAAAAGCUAAUAAAAGAAGACAUUGAAAUGUUUUCAGAAGAACUGACCCGAAUACUGCAUGGGAAGUAUAUCAAUCACUGGUACCCAGAAACCCCAACUAGAGGACAGGCAUAUCGGUGAGUAUUGGAAAUUCUAAUGGGAGAAUUGCUUCAACUCCACCACAAUAAUGCGCUUUAUAGUAUCAAAACAUUGUUUGUUUCCUUUCUCUUGAUAUUGGGUUUUUCCAUCAAUUUUUUGCUCUGUUUGUUUCCCUUUAUCUGUGUUUUAUAUUGACAUUUAAUUCACAUAUUUUCCUAUGCAUCGCCUUCUUUAUGGCUGGUUAUAAUUUACUGAUAAUACUAAAGUAGGUGAAUUUAUUUUAAAGGGACACUAUAGUCACCUAAACAACUUUAGCUUAAUGAAGCAGUUUUAGUGUAUAGAUCAUGCCUCUCAGGUUUCACUGCUUAAUUUACUGCCAUUUCGGAGUUAUAUCACUUUGCUUCUGUUUAUGCAGCCCUAGCCAUACCUCCCCUGGCUCUGACUGACACAGCCUGCAUGAAAAAAACAACAAAAAACUGGUUUCACUUUCAAUCAGAUGUAAUUUACCUUUUAAGGAUCACUAUAGGGUCAGGAACACAAACUUAUUCCUGACCCUAUAGUGUUAAAACCACCAUCUAGCCACCCUGGGCCCCUCAUACCUCCAUAAAUAUAGAAAAAUCUUGCUGUAUUCAAGCCAGAAGCUGUAGAUCUGCAUGCUGUUUGCGUAAAAAAAAAAAAAAAUCAGUCUGCUGACAUCAUCAGAAGUGGUAGCCUGAUCCAAUCACAAUGCUUCCCCAUAGGAUUGGCUGAGACUGACAAGGAGGCAGAUCAGGGGCAGAGCCAGCAUGAUUCAAACACAGCCAGGUCAAUCAGCAUCUCCUCAUAGAGCUGAACUGAAUCAAUUAAUCUCUAUGAGGAAAGUUCAGUGUCUGCAUGCAGAGGGAGGAGAUACUGAAUGUUUGGAUGCAUUUUAGGCAGCCAUGACCCAGGAAGGAUCUCUAACAGCCAUCUGAGGAGUGGCCAGUGGAGUUAUCACUAGGCUGUAAUGUAAACACUGCAUUUUCUCUGAAAAGACAGUGUUUACAGCAAAAAGCCUGAAGAUAAUGACGCUACUCACCAGAACAAAUUCAAUAGCCUGUAGUUGUUCAGGUGACUAAAGUGUCCCUUUAAACAAUUGUGUCUCUUGCUCUGUAAAUUGAACUUUAAUCACAUAUACGAUACUCUUGCAGGAAAAAAAGAGAAGAAAAUCUAAAUUAAAUAGAAUAGGAUAAACAUUAGAUGACUCUUUACAGGAAGUGUUUAGGAAGGCUGUGCAAGUCACAUGCAGGGAGGUCUGACUAGUGUUAAUAAACAAAGUGAUUUAACUCCUAAAUGGCAGAGAAUUGAGCAUUGAGACUGCAGAGGCAUGAUCUAUACACCAAAACUGUUUAAUUAACCCCUUAAGGACACAUGACGAAAAUAUUCUGUCAUGAUUCCCUUUUAUUCCAAAAGUUGUGUCCUUAAGGGGUUAAGCUAAAGUUGUUUUGUUUUAUUAUGAACCACUUUGCACCACUGUUAAAAUGUAGUUACUUUGUUUAGGUGUAUCCGUGUGAACAAGUUUCACGGUAUUGAUCCUGAUCUCCUGAAAGCCUGUAUGGUCAGUGGUCUAGUCUACGAGGACCUGGGCUUACCCAGAGAACUAACCUUGUGGGUCGAUCCAUGGGAAGUCUGCUGCAGGUCAGUAACAAGAAACUGGCCUUACUGAUCUCCUUAAUGGGGCCUGUAUUGGGAUACUAUUGACAGACCAAGCUACUGUACAUUGUGACAACAACAUACAGGGUUAUUUACUAAACUGAGAAUUGUCAGGAAUUCAAACCAGGACAAUUCUCACUUUAGAUAGCUUUGAGUUUCGAUGGAGCUUUUUGCUAGUACUUGAGAUUGAAUUUAGGGGUAGUAACCAGCAGGUGGUGCUGUUGCAUAAAAUCUGUAAACAUAGACCUAAAAAUAUACAAAGACUUUUGUAAAGUUAUUUGUUCUGGUUUCCAUGGGGAUAUAGUAAUUUUUUUUACUUUAUUUAACGCUGUUGCAAUGCAGUGAGCUGUAAGCUCGUGUUAGUUUUGUGCAAAUAUUUCCUCUGAACAUAGUAUAAUAGGAGGCACAAGCAAUGUACUAAAAUUACUUUUCUUUUCUUUUUUUAUUUUCUGUGUGUGUGUAAAAAAUAAAAAAAAAAAAUGAUUUCUUCUUUUGCCAUAUUUAAGGUGUACAGGGUCAAUUUAUAUUCUGAACUGAAUAUUUUAGCUCAAAAUAGCGAUAUUGAAAAAUUCUCAAAUUCUGUGUUUUUUGUUAUAAACAUUUGCGAUUCCUGAUUCAAGGAAUAACGCCGGUCUUUGCUGUCUACCAGGUACGGUGAGCAUAGCCACCCUUUCACCGUAGCCUGUUUUGAAAGUGAAGACGACAGCCAGGCCGAAGUGUCCCAGAAAGUUAGCCAGGCUAUGGAUAAUGUGACAUCCGAUUAUCACUCCGGGUCUUCUUCAGAUGAUGAAGUUUACAUCAGUCGCAGAAAGACUUCCCCAGUGAUGGUGGCUUCCGAUAGACAGAAUAUUUACCAGGUAUUUUAAAAUGUGCUUUACAUAGUGAACUCUGAGCUUUGUCCGUACGAAAAGGUAUGCUACUAUUGCAACUGGCAGAAUAACUGAUGGCAUUCUCAGCCUAUUGGCUUACAAAACACAUUGCAAAAAUAUGUUUGGCCAAAAAAAGGUGAUACAUUGUUGAGUUUAAUUAAAUGUGAAUUAAAACAUUUAAAAAAUAAAUUUUUAACACUUUUUUGGGGUGCAUGCAAUAUUUCCAAUGCAAUAUUUCCCAUGCAGAAAUACAGGUGAUCUCACAGAUGGAUUUGUUGCCCUUACAUCUCUUCACAGGACAGAUAUCACUAAAACAUAAAGGGUUAAUAUGCUUGACAUGGCCCUUUCCCAUGUCCCUGUAAAAGCUAGCUUAACCAUGUCCCAACUAUUUUCCUGUUUUCAAAAAAAAAUUAGUCAGUUAGCACCUUGCUUCCUUUUCUAAUUUUCAAAAGUACAAGGUGUUCUUACACAGCAGCAUCGGACCCAGCUUAAUUUAAGGACAUACUUCAUCAAUCAGCUGUGCCGCUGCCCAGUGGCACUUCGUGCUUUCUGAAACUGAGAUUCAGAAGCCGGGUUCCGCUUGGGGGACUGGGGAUCGGCACUGGAAGCCUACUUUAGUGUUAAACCAUUCGAGAAUGGUUUAACCCCUUAAGGUAAGAGUGUGCCGGGGGCCUCUUGGCACCAUAACUACUUUAUUUAGAAGAAGUUAUGGUGCCUAAACUGUCCAUUCAAGGCAGACCUCCAAACAGUCCCAAUUUAGUUCCCUGGUGUCCUGCAUCCUCGGGUGGCACAGCACAAAAACAUAAUUCGAAAUGUUCAUGCUGUGAGCAGGCACUAGGACCAUACAGGGAGUGCUUCAGCAGUCUUCUCUGCAUGGUCUUAUAUAGAGGGGUUGGCAUCACUGGUUUACCACCCCCGCAAGGCUGCCCACCUUGUCCUGGUAUCAUACCUUCCAAUGUUGGGAGCUACACAAACAAGUACUCCAAUACUUGGCACUCAAAAUUAAAGGGUUAUUUAAAACACCAUGACCAUUGCUGCAUGUUGUGGUGGACUGCAGUUGUCCAUGGUACCAUAACCACUAUAGUUCACUCUAGUGGUUAUGGUACAUAGAGCACCUCUUUAAUUUAGAGUACUAUGCCAACACCAGCUUGGAUUUUUUUCAUUCAUUUAUUUACUUAUUUUUGCUUACACACACAGCAUUCAAAUAGUGAUGUCUAAGUAAAUAUUCUUAUAGUCAUUCAUGCUAACACUAGAUUUUACUACUUGUAUUUGUAUGUACACCUGUCUAAGUGUCUUAUUAGUUUGGUUUCAAGAUAAUAAAUCCUAAUCCGUAUAAUCAGUAUAAUUUUUCCAAGAUUUAAAAAAAAAAAGUGUGUGUGUGUGUGUAUAUAUAUAUAUAUAUAUAUAUAUAUAUAUGUAUGUAUGUAUGUAUGUAUGUAUAUAUAUAUAUAUAUAUAUAUAUAUAUAUAUCCAGCUUUUUCAAAAGUUUAUAUCUCCUGUCAUGUGUUUAUUUUGAGAAUGCAAACCAAGUAUUUCUGCACACAGGAACCACAGGAAUAUGUGCUGCAACCCAUGUCUUUCAUGAACAAGUACCCAAAGAAAAAACAUGGCUUUCACUACCACCAACAGCCUCGUUUUCUGUCCAACUAUCAGCCACAGGGGAGAAGCAACAAGGUGUACGGACAAAUCACAUGGCUCCCACCAGCGGUAUCAAAUGAAAGGAACCAGUGGACUAAUGUACAUCUUUUGACUACUGCCCACCAGUGCUUGGUUUAAACAAUUUAUGUGAUGGAGCACUGUUAUAAGUAUGUUAAAAUGUGAAAUUUCCACACAAAAAAAAGGACCAAAUUAUGUAAGCAUCCUUGUCUCCUAUAUUUGUAAUAUAUAUAUUUUAUUUAUAUUCAACUUCUUUGCACUCUGUCUGUUUAACAGUAAAAGUUUUAUAACACUUGGGAAAUGUUUCUAGUUAAGUGCCUGAGUAUUUUAAUAAUGGAAGUGUAUUUAUAUUUUGUGGCUCGCACAGGAUUGGGUUAAAUUAAAGUUCAAUUGCCGUCAUUUCAAGUUUUUUUUGUUUUUUUUCCCUAUAUGAAAAUAUAUUUAUUUACAAUUUAGUUCAUAUUUUAUCAUAUAAUAGAUGGGCACAUUUACACUUUUAUUAAAAUGAAAAAUAGGGUUUGAAAAUAUAUAUAUAUAUAUAAAUAUUUUUUGGAAUUGGGUGUUUUGUUGUUAACCAGCUGUCCUUGUUAGGAUGUUGACAAAAUGUGUUCAUCAUAAGUUGUUCGUUCUUGAACUGUUUAUUUCAUAAAACUUAUAAAACUGCAUACAAG